AUGCCUGAGUCGCGCAGACCUCCUCCCGUCCUACUUUUGUCACAUGGAACCACCAUGCUCACAGGCGAGCAAUCCCAUGUCCGUGACUACUGGAGAUACCACGGGGACAAGGCGCUGGAGUACCCGGUCAGAGGGAUUAUCAUGAUGGGGGCGCACUGGGACGUCCGCGGACGCAAGGUGCAUGUGGCAGCCAACCCAAAUCCCAAACCUGAACCCAUUGGUCUGGUCAAAAAGUCUGAAUGGAUUCAUCAUAAGCCGAAUCCAGAUGUGCAGACAGCGCACCGGUGUGUGAAACUGCUCCGGGAUGCCGGGUUCGACGCCGUGGCAGACACCGAGUUCAACUGGUUGAUCGACACCUUCCCGAUGCUGAUACGCAUGUUUCCGGGAGGCAUGCCGCCAGUCACCAUCAUAUCCCUCAAUUCCUUCUUCGAGCCAUACUUCCACCUGGAAAUUGGGCGGGUGUUGCGGCCUCUGCGGAGGGAAGGGUACUUGUUCAUUGGAUCCGGCGGCGGCGUGCACAAUCUCUACCGAACGGAGUGGAAGUACAACGCGAAAUGGAGAGACAAUUUUGCGCAGGAUCUUCCCCCUGACGCAACCCAUCUGGAAUUUAGGCAAGCCCUGGAGGAUGUUCUGUGCAAGAAUGGUGGUGGGCCAGCGCUGAAACGGGGAGUGGUCCGUCUCAUGAAGCAUCCCAAUUACCGGGAUGCGCACGGGACUGACGAUCACUACAUGGCAACUUGUUUCGUGGCCGGCGUGGUCGGCGAAGAGGAAGACAGGGACGACCAGGUAGUCUUGGGAGCAGAGGUGUGGGAACUGAGAAAUCAAGCCGAAACGCAGUUCUGUGCGGGUGAUUGGGAUGUGAAUAGAGUGUCCGAGUCAAUUUAG